UUGACUUCGAGCUCUUGUUGUUCUCGCUUUUGCAUGUCGCUGGUGCAACUCAACAACGACGUGCUUCUGCUCAUAUGCCUCGAACUUCCGCUGGACUCUGUCCACAGCUUGCGUCAAGUUUCUCGCGUUUUCGACGCAAUAACUCGGGUCCGCUCUCUCUGGCUAACUUUCCUGCGCCGAAUAUUGAACAAAAAUGGCCUUACCCCCAGCUACCUGGGUCAUCACGAAGACCUCGACACCCCAGUUCUUGAGCGUUUGGUGCAAAGGCUAGGAAACUUCGCCGAUAAAUGGGGAAGCGAUCCCACACCAAUAUCUCCUGCCACCUUAAUCAAGUACAAUACCUCCCUGUCGGUGACCUGGCUCAAGCUGGUGGCGGGUAACUGGCUGUUUGUUGCGUCGUCCGAUGAGGAGAAGAGCAAAAUUUCGUGCUACGACCUGUCGGUGGCCACGCUAAACGAGGCUGCACAUGCAUACCUUCCGGGACGCGUAAGAACUGGUCAGGUCGAGAUUAAAACUGGCAGCAUUGUGUUAGCUCUCGGGUUGGAGUCGGAGUGUGCCGCCGUCCAUAUUCUGACCCUUUGCAAGGUGUCGGGGCGGCGUGUUUUCUGUGAACUCGCGCGUUUUCAAGGCUCCACUCACGUAUUGAUGCUUUCUGGCUCUCUUGUCGGUUGUGCUAUACGAAAUGGGAGCAAUGUCCCGCAUUUAUGCGAUUGGACGUCUCACGUGACUUAUGAGAUUGCCGCUCCUCCAGAUGGCCUCGAUAUACCUUCUCGUCGAACUGUACCUCACAAAAUGCUCCUCUGGCAAACAAAACUCGUCAUCAUUCGGUCUAGCGAGAUCGAGUUGUACGAUGUCACGGUCGGUACAGACACGACCACCGUCUCAUUCGACACCACCAUUAGCACUCCUUCUAUCUGGGAGGCCGAGCGAUGCUUUCCUCCCGGACGAUCAUCAGACGCCCUGCAUAUCCUUGCUCUCUCGUCGCGCGGUUUGGAGCUCAUCAUGCUUACAGCUUACUCUGGCCAAGUCGAAUAUCAUCAAGAUCCUCUUUUAGAGGCGGGUCCCCGCAUUCUCGAGCCUGACGAAUCUGCGUCGUGGGACGAUUUUCCGAUGUUUUUUGGCUUGCAUAUUGGCGGUAGUGGUCAAAGGGUUCUAUGGAUCUCUGCGGCCGAAGCUACGAUCUUCUCUGAGAACCCACACUUACGCCUCUGUCAGGGAGCGCUUCCGCCCACAUUCUCGGGUGACACAGCAAUGCAACAACUUUCGACUACCUUCGCUGACAUGGAAGACCCCGCCAUAUGGGGCGUUGCUUCAAUCGACUUCGACGAUGCUCUGGGCAUAGUAGUCAUCGGAAACUGUUUCGGCGAACUUACAGUCUAUGAUUUUGCAUCUGAGCGUCCCAUUCAUCAUCCGCCUUUAUUUGUUGAUAUGACGGAGCGAGCGGAGCCUCUACCAACAGUACUCCCCCUUGAACAUUUGCCACUUAACAAGCUGCCAGCACCCCACUACCGGAUGUCAGAUAUCGAGCUUGCCUCCUCUCGUGCCUCGCGUUGGGGUCAGGACAACAUCAAUGCGUUUGGGAAUUGGAAAAAGCCAAUGUGUACCAUCCGCCAUGGUUUCUCCUCCCAGCAUUUUUGGGAGGGUGUUCCUUGCGACUUCGGAUGGGUAUUGGACCACGUUUAUGGCUUUCCAGGCGAGGUCUUACUGCAAUCCAUCAUCUACCAGUGGGAUGCUGAGGGCGAAGAGAUCAUAUUCCGCAUCGGAGACCGGUAUUUACUGGUGACCACGGAGAAGGAAGAGCAUUAUCUUUCCUGGUCCCUCGAUCCCGGCAGAUUUACUUAUCAACCAAACCACCCGCAGUCCUGUGUCCCACAACUUCCGACUUGCGAGACAGCGCGUGCCGUGCAGACACUUUACGCCCGAUUUCUUUCUGACGAACGCAACGGCAGAGGACGACCUGCGCGUGAUAGAUGGGUAGAGCUUGUUGCACGAGGUGGGAAGCCUCCUGACUAG